CCAUCGCAACAAGGUAUCCCCGCAAUCCCGGAUUCCGGAUCUGCUGUCCGGCGUCGGUCGUUCUUCUCACGAAGAUGUUCGCAAGUGCGCUUUGUACUUCACCGUGUACAAAGCAACGUAACGAAGCAACACACAUACACACCUACACCAAAACAGAGGGACAAAACAUAGGAGAGAGAAAGAGAGAACGAUCGAGUUGUGGGGUGUGUUCCCUUAUUAACUCAAUCUUCGCUGCCUGGGUGCACCGGCUGAAGGGUGGAAGUGUGGCAGCUGCGGUGGAUGAUCGCCACAGAGAAAGAGAAAGCGUUUUCCUUCCCUCACUUCCCUUUUGCUCGCGGAAAAGCCCGCACGGCCAACAGCAGCUGGCGCACGGCCGGACCGUACCAAGGUCCGGGAGAAAACAUUUCGUCUGCUUGCUUGGUUGGUUGUACCACCAACGGCCGCAACGACGCUUCAGUCUGCUGCGGUGUUGGUGGUGUUAUUUCUUUUCAGCCGCCGCCGCUGCCGCGUGGCCAAUCGGAAAUCGAAACAAAUCUCGAACUCCUCCACGGUGCGCGUUCGGAUGAACGAAAGAGAAAGGGGCCUAAAAGGGAGAUGGCAAACCUGGGAGUGGGAAAUUGUUUUUGUGAGCCGAAGGGGGGGCGCCCGUCAAGUAGUAGUCAGCCGGAUGUUGGAUCUUGAGACACACACACACACAGACACACAUGCAAGCACACAAUAACGCAAAUAAACGUAACGGUUGAACGGUUGAGGCUUCAUAAGGAGUUACCUUGGCGCGUGUGAGGUAAAGAAGAAGCUACUUGGGGGAUGCUCGAGAUCCGGUAGAGGGGCGACCAGGCGAAAGGUCCCUUUCGGAAGACAGUGUGGGGGCAGUUGAGAAUUGGAUCUAUUUUGGAGGAUUUUGAAUUCAGCUUACUGCACAAAACAGCGAGCCUUUGAUGCGGAUUCUGAGUUGAUCCGGUUGAUCUCGCUCUCGCUCGCACCUUCCAUCAAUGCCUCCUCGAUGCGAUGAUGAUUCGAUGAAGACGAUUUGAAUUCUUCGUUGCAUCGUUCAUUGAGCCGGUGGUGCCGGGAUGAAGCAGGGAGUGUGAAGCGAGGGAGUGCCGGGGGAUGAGUGAAACAAUGGCAAGACGUUGUUCCCAUGAGACCAGGAGGGGCGAUGGAAGAAUGAAUUCCGACAAGAUUUGCAUCAGUUUAACGGUGAUCAAGGUAGCAAGUUCAACGUUGUCGGGUAUCUCUCUCGCUCUCUCUCUCUCUCUCUCUCUCUCUCUCUCUCUCUCUCUCUCUCUCUCUCUCUCUCUCUGACACUCUCAUUCGCUGAGUAAUUCUACUGUGAGGUGUCUGUGAAACUUUGGAGGCUCGAAAGCAGCAACCCCUAACGCCCUCCCCCCGGUUGCGUUGUCCUCGAUCGAUCUUCCAUCAUCUCAGGGUCCGAGAGUGAGCCUCAUCAACAACCCCCGCUCGGCAUAUCACAGUGAUGGGGGGGGCUGUACCUGUUCUUUCCCCUUUCCAGUGAGUGAGACGGGUCCGGGAGGGUGCUAUCUUUCGCAUCGCGCAAAAUAAAUCCACAACAACAACCUGCGAAGGUGAAUCGCGCGUGCGUCGUCGUGGUCGCAGUGUGGAGAGACCGGAGAAGAUCCGCAACAGGCUUCUUCCCUAUCGCGUCGUUGUUGUUUUUGCGAUGAUGGACGAAUUCAUUCUUGCCGCUGCCCUGGCUCUGGCGUUGUGCCGGACGCGGACAUUCGUGGGCACGUCUUUCUCUCUGCUCUGCUCGAUAUUUCUUCUCUCGCUCUCUCGCUGUUUCGGUGACGCGAGUAAACGCGGUGGGGACACACUCUCCAAACCGAUUGGGGGUUGCUGAUUCACACACCCAUACGCACACAGGGGAGCGCGAACGCGACUGACCCCUUGCAUGGGGAGAAGCGUUAGAUCUGGUUGAUGGUGAUGGUCGCGUUGUCCCAUGUGUUACCGGUGUUGUUCGUUCUGAUCAAGCAUUUGAAGCUUUCGCGGUUUGACCUCAGCAUGUCAUCCGAAAAGCUAAUUCCACUUCAUUUAUCCAGCUUUUGGUCCUAAGAUAUACGUCGUUCGCGGCGUUCGUUGACGUGACACACACACACACACCACGACGCGUCCAUCGUGCGUUCGCGUCCUCACGGUCCUCGGGCAAGAGAAAAGAGAGACUUUUUUGCACCUCUACUCCCACUCCCUACUCUCACAUCGCUCUCCCUUUCUCGCUCCCCUCCCUCUCUGCUACCCUGAAAAACGCAUCCCCCUUUCUUCGCUACGAAUCGCGCUCAUCCGGCUCUUGCUGACUGUAGUACCGCUGCGGUUGGAGCGAUUGGGGCAUGUUUGGGAUGGUGGAGGGGGGACGACGACGACGACGACGAUUGCGCUACACAGGGCUCGGGGCGAGAAAUCGGAAUUAAAAUUUUGCUACGUCAAAUGAAUGGAAAACAGUUGUAGCCCACCGCUCAAGACGAACUGGUCGUGUGCGUGCGUGUGGAGGAUCGCGAUCGCGAGUUUUAAAAAAGUGUGCGCUCGCCACUGCCUCCUCCCUUCUCCUACGUGACGUUCAACAAGACAAGCCGCCCCGAGUCACGCCGAUCGCGACCCUGUCCGCCUGUGUUGGUUGUUUCUGUUGUGUCGUUGUCUGUUGAGUCGCUUUUCGGGUGGGAAAGGGUCGCCGAAAUCAGGCCAUUUCCAUUGCGCACAACGCGUACCGGAUCUAGCGGUUUUACCACCCGUGUACGUGUGAGGUGUGUUUCUGUGUGUGUGUGUGUGUGUGUGUUGUGUUGCCGUGUGUUGCACACUUGAUUUUAUAACCAAGGUAAACCCAUCCGCAAAGCAAAUUGCGGACGUAGGGAUUAGUGUGCCGCGCCAAAAUCAACAACCUGCGGUUUGCUCAUUAGCCCGCAGUGCGAGGAGGCGCGAGCACAGCGCAGCGCACGUACUACUACCUAAGCUAAGUGCACGUGUACCGAAAGAGGAUGUUUACUUGGAUGAGUGUAUAAUCUGUGCGUGUUUGAUUGUGUUGGAGACGGACGCCACCACCCGCCCUAAUCAUUGAUGUGAUGUGCACCAGUGCACGGCAGCAGCCAAGAGCAGCCAAAAAGGGAAGAAACGAUCGAUUGCGGAUGUGGUGGAGUGUUGUACUCGUACCGCUCAAGUGCAGAUUGUAAUUCGGAUCGGUGCUUCGGUGUAAAAGGCACCUUGAUAAGUGGUGUACCGAGGUGCGCUUCUUGAUCGGCGAAGAACGUCCUGAGCAGUGCGUCAAACGGUUGCGUUCCCAGGCUGCGCUGCGGCAUUGCGCUGGUGCUUCCAAUCCCGUCACGAUCGAUCGAUUUGCUGACGUCACAACGCAAACGCAAAAGGUGGGAAUCGUCGCGGUUUGCGCGAGAAGAAACCGAAACGGCGGCACACGAUCGUGUAUUAUCCCUCCCCCCGAUCGCGACGAUUCUCCUCCAGCACACAGAGUCGACAAGGGCACGACGAGUGUGGGAAGCUGUGCGCGCUCGUGCGUUGGGUACAGGUCGUGUGCGCUGAAACACGGACUAACGCGUGUGUUUGUGUGCGUGUGUAUGUGUGAGUGCGCAAAAACAACCAGGUGAUCGGACGACUUCAUCUCCCGGGACGUGACGUCACGUGGGUUUCGUACAUUCCCGUCACAGUCGGCGCACAAGUCCGGGUUCUCCGACUGCUCCGAGCGGGGUCGUGCUGCUCUCCAUUCGCAUCCACGCUCUAUCUCUCUCUCUCUCUCUCUCUCUCGGCAUAAUGGGCCGUAUCUGUGUGUGAUGCGCGAUAAUCUUUCGCCAAAUUGCUGGUCAGCAAAUCCUGCAGUUUAGUAGGCGCUGGGACGAAAGGGAUGUUUUAAAAAGAAGUAAGACAGUGAAUGAGGUCAAAAGUGUGUGGCGUGAUAGUACAACAUCCGUGUUGAAAAUCCCCCCCUUCCCGUCCUGCAUAUUGCAGCCAAAGGCUCCUCACACACCUGUUAACCCCGGUGACUGAAGAUCGUCGGCGUAUCUGUGGGGGCAUAUCUGUGUGUGUGCGUGUGUGUAGUUGAGUUAAUCAACGAGAAAAGCUUAUCCUUUCCAAUCUCGCAAUUCUACAGUGUGGUGAUCAUUCAUAAGAUUAGUCUGAUCGCGCGCGCUCGCGUGUGUGUGUGGACCCAGAGUCGUUGCACGAACCAGUUCCUAAUUUCUUAAAAAAAAGAAAACCAGUUCUUCGCGAACUAAGACGGCGAAGCGAUAAACGCCACCAAAACAGCAUCACUCUCGCAACAAUGCUCAUCGCAACGAAUUUCAAUCAGAAGCAAUUCAUUGACUCGCUGUGCACGAACGAGGCCGAAGACUCCAGCUAUGACAGUGAUUGCGAUGGGGAGGAUGUAUCCCACGAGCAGGUGUCACGAACGACGAGCGAUACGCUGGGCCAAGAGUUUGCCGAGUACAUAAGCGUCGGCGUGGGCGGCCAUCAGCACCAGCAGCAGCACCAUGGCAAGGACGUCUCGCCGACAGCAGUGGCGGCGCCCAUCUCCACCGCCGGACCGGAGCACUCGCCGGGCUACCAGCAGCGCGUUGAGUUUGCGCUCAAGCUCGGCUACACCGAAAAGCUGGUGCAGGCGGCCCUACAGCGGCUCGGUCCCAAUCCGGCCCAGAACGAGCUGCUGGCGGAGCUGAUCAAGCUGGGCUCGCAGCCCGGCGCCAAGGGUGGAAACGAGUUUACGAUCGACUGUCACGGCCACGGCGAUGCGGGCGGGCUCGGACUGGCGCCAGAGCUGGCAACCGCUGCGUCCGGGGCGGCCGGCGUCGGACCGUCGUCGCUGGUGAACGAAGAAUCUCUGCGCCCGAUCGUGAUAGACGGCAGCAAUGUGGCGAUGAGCCACGGCAACAAGGAGGUGUUUUCCUGCCGCGGAAUUCGGCUGUGCGUGGAUUGGUUCAAGAAUCGGGGCCACAAAGACAUUACCGUGUUUGUGCCCAAGUGGCGCAAGGAAAGCUCGCGCCCGGACAACCCCGUCAAGGAUGGCGAGAUACUGAGCGAGCUGGAAAAGGAGCGCAUGCUGGUAUUUACGCCCUCCCGGCUAGUGGGCGGCAAGCGAAUGGUGUGCUACGACGAUCGAUACAUUUUGAAGCUGGCGGCCGAUAACGAUGGCAUUGUCGUCUCGAACGACAACUAUCGCGACCUGGUGCAGGAGAGCUCCGAGUUUAAGAAGGUCGUGGAAGAGCGGGUACUGAUGUAUUCGUUCGUGAACGACCGCUUCAUGCCGCCAGACGAUCCGCUCGGCCGCUCCGGGCCGACGCUGGACAACUUUCUGCGCGUGCAGCCGCGCAAAGGCGAUCCGCCGCCGCCCUGUCCGUACGGCAAGAAGUGCACCUAUGGGAAUAAGUGCAAGUUCUACCAUCCGGAGCGGGGCAGCCUGCCGCACAAAUCCGUCACCGAGCGGCUGUCCGAGUAUGCGGCGCGCCAUCUUCAGGCGCGCAGUGGCCACGACCCGUCGAGCAGUGGGAGCGGGCCCGGUGGCCGCAGCGCAGUGCAAGGAAAAUCGCUCAGCGUGCCGCUGAGCAAUAGCAGCAACGAGACUAGUCCAAUCAAUGAUAAACGGAAAGCAUUAUGUCGCACAAGAUCAAAUGUACCUUCGGAAAGCGCCAACAACCCGUACGGUGGCGGCAUGGCGCACGGCUCAGUGCUGCAUGCGGAUCUGCUGUCACUUCCCCAUCCCGUGCCGCAUCCGGCCGUACGUCAGCAGCAACAGCCGCCGCCCCCGCCACCGCAACAGUUGCCUUUCCACGCUCCGCCAGUGCCAGUGGCCAGUAAUCGAGCCCCCCAUCCGUGGGAUCUUUCACCACAGCAACAACAGCAGCAACAGCAGCAGCAGCAACUUCAUCAACAUGCCAGUAUGGUGGACGUGCAGCAGAUAUUCCCCAAAUCUCAUAGUAUAGAAAAUAUAUCUAAGGAACCGGCGCCGCCACUGUACGGUCUCCAUCACCAUGCCGGUUGCUAUGGUGCCCAGCCGCUUUGGCCCCGGCAGCAGCCUCCGUCCCAGCAACCAUCCCAGCCCGUACUGCCCGGUGGUACAGGCGGAGGAGGCGCUGGUGGUGGUGGUGGAGCAGGCGGGCCUCCGGUGGUGCAGCCUUCAUUGGACCAGAACGAUCCAAGCGCGCUGGUAGAUAGUGUGAACCUGCACCGCAAGCUGCAACGUCAACUCACCCUUAACCCUGCUGGAUGUGAUCCUCGAAUAUAUCAAAUGCAAAGGCUGCAGCAGCAAUCUUCCCAGCAACAGUCCCAAACUGCUCCCGCUCAGCAGCAGCAGCAGCUGUCACCCCAUCGGCCGUUGGCACCUUCCCUUAGUGGAGGCAACCGUCCUUCUCCUCCUACCCAGUGGGAACUACAUCAGCACGUAACACGCAUUGCUUCGGCUCCCGAUUCCACCCGACCCUGGGGUCACAAUGGGCCACCGCCGGCUUCAUCCUCCGAACCGCAUAUCAACCUCGGCUGGUCGCCAAGCCCCGGUCAAGGUGGUCCAACGCCGGCACACCAACAGCAGCAGCAGCAGCAGCAGCAGCAACAUCACCAGCAGCAGCAGCAGGACCGACGUCGGUUGCACUACCAUCUGGCCAGUAUCUUCCCGGAAGAUCAAGUGCAAACCGUCAUGCAGAUGUACCCGGACGAGACGAAUCCCCAGACAAUAUGUGCCGCCAUCUUGGCCAUGUAUCAAAAGAUGUAAAGUGUCGAGCGGUGCGCGACUCGCUCAAACUGGAUGGACGCAUGCAAUACUCAAAACACUCCUUAGGUGUUAGGCAAAAUUAUACUGUUCUUUAUUACUCUUUCUUUCCCUACCUCUCUGCUUCCGUUGGAGAUGCAUGAGAGGAAACCGAACCGAUCGGGUUGGCAAUACUCGGUGUGCCCUUGUACUUUUGUUCGUUACGACUGCAAGUUAUGACUUAUCGCGAGAGAGACAGAGAGAGAGAGAGAGAGUGUGUGUGUAGAGAGGUUAUAUUAUUAUUUUAUAUUAAUUAAAUGGGUGAUCAUCAGCGCAGUAGGCCAAGAGGCGAGUAGCGAGGAAAGCAUGCAUUUAAAGAUAUGUAAGAGCGUUGAAAGGACAGAGAGAAGCAAGGCAAAUUGAGCGCGAGGUGACGAAGAAUCACCACCACCCCCCAACAAUGUGAGAGUGUAUAAUCUCAGCAAAAAAGGCGUUAUUUUUUUAAAAAGGAUUCGUUUGUUGUCGUAGACAACGGUUAAUGAUUAGUACCUACUUCUUCCACCAGUGACUGCUUCCACCAGGUGUAAAGAUAUGUCUAAAGGGGAAGGUGUGACUAUUCUUCUGCAAUAAUAUUUAAAUCUAUAAGAAAACCGAGAGAGACUGUGGAAGUGAAGGAGGGAGAGAAACGUGCUUGUAUUGUGAGGUAGGAAAGGCAAAUACAUCUUCAACUCUAUCAUAACUUUUAUCCUUUAUCUCUAAUCUACGUAUAUAUAAAAACAAAACGAACAAAAAAUCCCAACUAUUUACUCAAUUCCUGUUACAAACAACACACAAAUACGUUCUGCUACGUUUUGAAUCUACGGUUGAUGAUGACGAUGAGGUGUAAACCCCCUGACCGAUAUAGCGUUAGUAAAGGCGGAAAAUAGAGAGAGAGAGAGACACUUGGUGAGAAGAACCUAUUACACACCCGAAUGAGUAAGCGCGUGUACAGAUGCGUCCGUAUUUCUUUACUUCAUAUUGGAGUAUGAGUUUUUAGCUGGUAGACUCAAGGUGAUAGGGCGAAGAACGGAGACACGCGUUACACGAGCGUUACACACACAUGUGGGCACGUGCGGCGUUCGGCGUUGCUUGUAAUUACAACACUUCCCUUUCGAACACGCUCUUUGGUUUGUUUCAUUAUCGCUUUCGAUAUGAAUGUUGUUACUAAUUGAAAAUACAAACACAAAACACACACACACUAUCGUAUCAGUUCGGGUUUGUUUACGUGAACGCUCGCAGGUGUCAGCAGUGAGGGGAGGGAUGAUCUUAAAUUAUAUAUCUUACGCAAACUGGUAGGAGCUGUGGGGAAGGAUGAGCAGCAUAAUAGUACAUGAGGAACGCAACAAGUCUCUAUCUACAGCAUAAAGUUAACAAACCGCAAACCCAGGAGCAGAACAGAGACUCAUGUAAUGGUUCAUUUCGUUUAUCACAACCUUUGAUUGCUGGUGAACAGUAUUAAUGAGAAUAAAAAUAUUGCGUCCCGCGCAAACUGUAAUCUGCAACAAAAAAACCCAAAAACUAUUGUGUUUUUCUUUCACUUUCUUUCCAUAUUAACAACAGUAUUGUAAAAUCUUGUUCCUUUUCUCUCUGUCUUCUGGCUAAUAACACCAUACGCAUCUUUAUUGUUUAUUAAAAUCAUUAAAAAAAACCACACAGUUUAGAGUUAAACAUAAUGCAAACUUAUACACACACACGACCGGAAACGCCCGGUCGAAACGAAAUGUUCCAGUGGCAUUUAAAACCGAUACAAUAUCGACGACGCGAAGAAGUGCGCUAGUAGUGUCAUAGCUAUAUGGUUGAUAAUUUCGAAUAUUUUAUUAACUUUUUUUGUCCACUAUUCUGCCUUAUAUUAUUAUUGUUACUACGACGUGUUCGGCGACGCUUUACAAAGAGGACCCGUCCUACCGCGGAUGUGAUGCUUGUGUUCGUAGGAGCUAUUGGUAGGAAAUAGUAAUAAUAAAAAAGCCUUUUCGCUUCUCAGCGAAUACUUUCCAUUUUCUUCAUAUGACUGGCAAAUUCACUUGCUUUAUUGAUUCCAUUUCGAUAAAUCCUUCCAUCCAUCCAUCCGGUCCGGAUGAUGUCGUUCGCGCGCAGUGUGUGGUUUCACAAAAACAGGCAACAACAAACCCCCACCCUUCCGACCCCGAUGCAUAUUGAAACUGUCCCUCUCUUCUUCUUCUUCUUCUCCGUAGUCGUUUUUGUUUGGCUGAUCAUAGUGCAGUGAAGCGGGCGCGCUCACAAUAAUCUAAUUCAUUCCAAAUGCUGAAGAAAAAAAAAACAACCAAACAUUCGCAACGGUGUCCAUCCUUUCUAACGAUAUGUGUAUGUAUGUGUGUGUGCGUGUGUGUGUGUGUGUGUGUGUGUUGCGGUUAAACAUUUCAAAUACGAAACUAAGUUCCACCAAUCCCGUGGAGUUCAUGUUGCGUUGUUAGUGGUUUGAGAAUAUAGAAAAAAUACUUAAUUGUAACUGCUGGAACAAAUCAGAAAGAAAACGGUUCCCUCAAGACGACGCGCAGAGCUCCACCAAUAGUUAAGAUUUUAUCAAAUGUUUUUUUUUUGUUUUUUGUUUGUUUGUAUUCCCGCUUUUGAGUUGGUGUGUACUUGACUAGUGUACCAACUUCGGCCUUCCAGUUAGCCGCCUACUACGCCCAACCUUUUCCAAACACAAUCCCUUUUCUUGAACGCACAUAAGGCUAAAUGCUAAAUUACAAAUCCUACUAAACCUAGUAAACCGUUAGCGAUUAGGGGUUGAUGAUGGUGAGAGAGAGAGAG